UGUCAGACUUGAAGGGUGAUUGUUUAUAACACUGUAAUAAAACGAUAUUCUGUUGCUAUUGAGCAUCUUAUUUCGGCAAAGCAUUUCUAUAAGCAAAAGCAUAUUUCUCACAAACAUUUCAUUCACGGGGAAAGUUUUGUUUAGCAAAAUUUCGCCGUCAUUUCACUUCGACAUCUUAGGUCAUAUCGAAGGACAUGUAACGUAGACGUAGUAUUGGUAUAGUACCAUGACCACGUCAAAUAUAAGCAGUGAUGUAGCGAUGGACGAGUCAGAUAGCAGCAAAACUAAAGAACCUGACAAACACUGUAACAUGAACGAAGUUUGUGAAAUGAAAGAUACUUUAAAAGAGGUCCAUGAUUCGCCAUCGAGCAACGAGGCAGGUUCGAGCGUAAACACAAGCAACAAUGGACAAUACAAGCCAAUGGCUAUAAAGAAGAAACAUCGCCGUGGGUCGAGGCGAAGCAAGAAGAAAUACAAGCCUUACUCGAAGCUAACGUGGGAAGAAAAAAAAGCGGUUGAGGAGAGGGACAGUUUGAGAGCCGUGAGUAUUCGCGAAAAAUACAUGCAUGAGAAGGGUCGACCGCUCGCGCCGUUUAAUACUUCGCAGUUUUUAAUGGCUGAACAUGAUACUCAAGAACCAGAUUUGCAUGUGCACAGGGUGCCGAGGUUUUCUAGUUCUGCUGAUGAUUCUGACGACGCAGACUCGGCGUCGAUUUCGGACGAGGAAAGAGAUAUCGAAGGUGUACGGAAUUUUUUGCAAAAAGACUUUACCGAGACCUACGAUCGCAUCCAUUCGGAAACAUUGCGUCGUAUGAACAAGGAAGAACUCAUAAACGAGUAUGUAGAACUGGAAAAUAAAGUCGAGAACUUAGAGAAGGAGCUGACGACUAUUAAAUCUGGUGUUAAGGUAAAUGGCUAUAUAACACCGGGGAACGAUGAAAACAAUAGAAAUGUUGAUACGGACCAAGACUGGAAUCGUCAGACUUUAGAACAUGAAAUCGAAAAAUUGCGCGAAGAGAAUCAAAGGUUAAAUGCAGAGAAUACGUUUUUAAGGCCUUUAGCGGCAUGGAAAGAAGUCUCUUCUAAUUGACUUGUUUUAGUAAUAAUAAUAUAGUUUAUGAAAUCUAUUAGCAAGGAUUGGGCUGAUUAGCAGACUGUUUGCAUGGUUUUUAGAGGUACACCCCCUAGGGUGUACACAAAAUCACAACUAGACACUCUAACAUUAAAAUACAUGAUAUUGUGAGAGCGUCGUCAUCUUUUUAAUACAUAAUUUCCUGUGUGAUAUUUGAGCUGUUUAUUAAGAAAAAAUCUUUAUUAUAAAGUUUACUGUUAUUUACCUGCUUUAAAACUAUAUAUGCACAGAAUUUUGCCAUGAUCGAGUGAGAUUAGGCAUUGCAUGGGUUGACUUCAUGGGACCCACCCAAAUUUGCUGGUUUUGCCCCCAGCUGUUAUGGAAUUUCCUGAAGAUUACAACAAUGAAAUGCAAUCAGGUCAAAUUAGUUGUUGUAUUAGUUCUUGUGGGAAUUCAUGCAGUACUUAUACCAUAGGUCAAUUUCUUAAGAAUAUUCUCCAUGUCACUUUCUAUACUUUACAGAUUUUUUAGAAUAGUGUUCUGUAUUAUUUUAAAAUUAGCACCAAAACUGAGUUGAACCGUCUGUGGUAGCUCUGAGUAAUAAAUUUAAGAGAUACUUUGCCUCCAUGGAACUUACAUUUUUGUCCAAUGACAUUCUGUCUAAUGACAAACAACAUAGGAAACAUAAUCAAAUGGAGGCCAGCCCCCCUGCCAAUUUCCACAAGUUCAUAAAGGAUUUCCUAAAAAUGACCCUGCAACAAUACAUUUUGGGCUGGGAAUGGGUUUUUGGUCACUAUUACCAUUAUUGAGAGGUUCACAAGAUUAGU